UUUUUAGUGUGUAAAACCUAAUAUAGCUCUCGAUGCACACAGUAUUCCUCAUGAGGAGAAAGAAAAUACAAAGUAAUCUUUUCCCUCCAUUCCUCUCCCUUGCGAUGCGAAGGCCACCAAAGAAAAACCUGACGACUGUCAAUGCACAAAAUGCACAAUGGCAUUCGGCUAUCGAUCUCCAUCCCAAAUCCUAAUCACCUUCUCUUUCGAAUCCUCCAUUCUUAUUCUGGUUCCCCUCGCAUCGACAUCCCUCCACCAUCAUACUCACCAUUCAAAUGCUCAAUCUCUCGCCGUUCUCUCUCUGCGACUCUCCGCAACCUCCUGCGCCCGCUCUUUGCGCUGGACCCACCUCCGAUUCCAUCUUAUGCCCCCGUUUUCCAGUUCCUUACUGGCCUAAACUUGUUGAGAUUGGGCCACCAAGUUCACGCCCACAUGCUUCUCCGUGGCCUUCAGCCCACCGGGCUGGUUGGCUCCAAGAUGGUUGCGUUUUAUGCCAGUUCCGGUGAUAUUGAUUCCUCUAUUUCGGUCUUCAAUCGGAUUAGUGAGCCUUCCUCUCUCUUGUUUAAUUCAAUGAUUCGAGCCUAUUCACGAUAUGGGUUUGCGGAAAGAACUGCUGCCACUUAUUUUUCUAUGCAUUCCUGGGGCUUUACAGGGGAUUACUUUACUUUCCCUUUUGUUCUCAAGUCUUCUGUGGAUUUAUUGAGUGUUUGGAUGGGGAAAUGUGUUCAUGGAAUAGUUUUGAGAAUUGGGUUGCAGUUUGAUUUGUAUGUGGCUACUUCUUUGAUUGAUAUGUAUGGAAAAUGUGGUGAAAUAAAUGAUGCGGGUAAGGUGUUUGAUAAUAUGACUGUUAGAGAUGUUUCGGCUUGGAAUGCUUUACUUGCUAGUUAUAUGAAGAGUGGGUGUAUUGAUGCUGCAAUGGCGAUUUUCGAGAGAAUGCCAUGGAGGAAUAUUGUCUCUUGGACGACUAUGAUUUCUGGAUACUCACAGAGCGGCUUGGCGCAGCAAGCAUUAAAUUUGUUUGAUGAAAUGAUGAAAGAAGAUUCAGGAAUAAGACCCAACUGGGUGACUAUAAUGAGUGUCCUCCCAGCUUGUGCACAAUCAUCGGCACUCGAACGCGGAAGGCAGAUUCAUGAGUUAGCUUGUCGGAUGGGAUUGAAUUCAAAUGCUUCUGUGCUGAUUGCCCUUACUGCAAUGUAUGCAAAAUGUGGAAGCUUAGCCGAUGCUCGCAACUGUUUCGAUAGGCUUAAUAGAAGUGAAAAGAAUUUGGUUGCUUGGAAUACCAUGAUAACUGCUUAUGCUUCCUAUGGACAUGGGCUUGAAGCAGUGUCAACCUUUCGGGAGAUGAUCCAAGCAGGCAUUCAGCCGGACGACAUUACAUUCACAGGAUUGUUAUCUGGUUGCAGCCAUUCAGGUCUUGUUGAUGUCGGUUUAAAGUACUUCAACUACAUGAGCACCAGAUAUUCGAUCAAUCCCAGAGCUGAGCAUUAUGCUUGUGUUGUCGAUCUCUUAGGUCGAGCAGGGAGAUUAGCUGAAGCAAGCAAACUUAUAGACGAAAUGCCAAUGGCAGCAGGACCAAGCAUUUGGGGUUCACUAUUAGCCGCCUGCCGAAAAUACCGCAAUCUGGAAAUGGCAGAAACUGCAGCAAGAAGGCUUUUUGUCCUAGAACCAGAAAACACUGGCAACUACGUCCUGCUUUCAAACAUGUAUGCUGAAGCUGGAAGGUGGCAGGAAGUUGACAAAGUGAGAGCAAUUCUGAAACUUCAGGGGACAAUGAAAAGUCCAGGUUACAGUUGGAUCGAGAUCGAUGGCAAAACACAUAUGUUUCUCGGUGGCGAUACGUCCCACCCUCAAGCCAAGGAAAUCUACAUGUUCUUGGAGGCAUUGCCAGAGAAGAUGAAAGCAGCUGGCUAUGUUCCUGAUACAAGCUAUGUGUUGCAUGACAUCAGCGAGGAAGAGAAAGAAUUCAACCUCAUUGCACACAGUGAGAAGCUCGCUGUUGCAUUCGGGAUUCUCAAUACUUCUGCUGAAACCAUUCUCCGGGUGACGAAGAACUUGAGAAUUUGUGGGGACUGCCACACCGCAAUGGUGUUCAUAUCAGAGAUAUAUAGGCGGGAAGUAGUUGUUAGAGAUGUGACUCGGUUCCAUCACUUUAAAGGGGGUUCUUGUUCUUGUGGAGAUUUCUGGUGAUUGAUAAAAAAAAAACGAGAUGGAAAUUGAUGCUUCGAGUGAAACUUUCCCUGACAUGGUAAGUUUUAGGGAGAUUAACCCUUCACUUGUUUGAAAGUUGAAUAAUGUAUACUGUAUAGUCUUCAUGAUAAGUUAAAGGAAAAUUAACGGUCUAGGAGUUGGUGAAAUUUUGUGUUAUAAUCUUUUGAGCUAAAUAUAUUAUUUGAUCCCGAGUUUUUCUUAUAUUCUUUAAAAA